AAAAGCCUUAAGCCAAGCGGGAGAUGACAUGCGCAAAUGCGCGGCGAAUAGUAAACAUCAGUUGGAAUUUCAGACAAGAACCUUACUACAAUUACCUUGCGCUUCUUGACGCCUGCACAGAAUCCAAGUCAUUAUCAAUAGGCAAAUCAAUCCAUCAACACGUCCUAAAACACAAUCACUGUAAUGACUACAAUUCAAAUCUACUAGACAAGUUAACUCGUUUUUAUAUCUCCUGCAGUAGAAUCGAUCUUGCACGCCAUAUGUUCGACGAAAUUCCUCAUCAGGAUAGAAAUAAUAAAACCAUAUUAUGGAACCAAAUGAUUAGAGCCUAUGCUUGGAAUGGACCCUUUGAGAAAGCUAUUGACUUGUACUAUGAAAUGGUGGAGUCUGGUGUUAGACCCACAAAUUAUACAUACCCUUUUGUGAUCAAGGCUUGUUCUGCUAUGCAAGAUGUAGAAAAUGGUGUAAAGAUUCAUGAACAUGUAAAAAGGCACGGGCUUGAUGGUGAUGUUUAUAUUUGUACAGCUUUGGUUGAUUUUUAUGCCAAGUGUGGGUUAUUGGUUGAGGCACGACAAGUGUUCGAUGGAAUGUGGAAAAGAGAUAUUGUGGCAUGGAAUGCGAUGAUCUCAGGGUGCUCGGUGAAUCGUUUGUAUUUGGAGAUGAUGGGUUUGGUUUUCGAAAUGCAAGAGAAUGGGUUAACACCAAAUUCAUCUUCAAUUGUGGCUAUUCUUCCUGCUAUUGCGGAAGCUAAUAAGUUGCGUGAAGGGAAGGCGGUUCAUGGGUAUUCUACGAGAAGGGGCUUUGUCAAUGAUGUAGUUGUUGACACUGGCAUUUUGGAUGUGUAUGCAAAAUGCGGUUUGUUGAACUAUGCGAAGAGGAUUUUUAGAGUCAUGACUUUUAAGAAUGAGAUCACGUGGAGUGCAAUGAUAGGAGCAUAUAUAACAUGUGAUUCUACGCAAGAAGGAUUGGAACUGUUUGACCACAUGAGGGUGGAAGAUACUGGGUCUUCUUCUCCUGUCAUGCUUGCCACUGUCAUUCGAGCUUGUGCUAAGCUGAAUGAUCUGAGAAGAGGAAGAAAGAUGCAUGGUUAUACUGUUAAGUCGGGGUCCAAUUUGGAUUUGAUGGUGUGUAAUACUCUUCUUUCUAUGUAUGCAAAGUGCGGGAGAAUAGAUGAUGCGCUUAACUUCUUUGAGGAGAUGGGUUUAAAAGAUUCUGUUUCUUUCAGUGCUAUAAUUGCAGGGUGUGUUCAGAAUGGCCAUGCAGAAGAAGCUUUGCAGAUUUUCCAAAUGAUGCAAUCGUCUGGGGUCCAGCCAGAAUCUGCAACAGUGAUGGGAAUUUUACCAGCCUGUUCACAUUUGGCUGCUCUACAACUUGGAGUUUGCACCCAUGGUUACUCGAUAGUACGUGGAUUUACAGAGGAUGUUUCUAUUUGUAAUGCCCUAAUUGACAUGUACUCCAAAUGUGGUAAAGUCAACAUUGCUAGGAUUAUCUUUGAUAAGAUGAAUAAAAGGGAUGUUGUCUCAUGGAAUGCAAUGAUUGCUGGAUAUGGAGUUCACGGUCAUGGAAAGGAAGCAAUUUCAUUGUUCUAUGACAUGCAGACUGUAGCUCAAAUGCCAGAUGAGAUAACUUUCAUUGGUCUCUUAUCUGCUUGCAGCCAUUCUGGUCUUGUUGCUGAAGGGAAAUAUUGGUUCUUCAGCAUGUGUCAAGAAUUCAAAAUUAGCCCUAGGAUGGAUCAUUACUUGUGCAUGGUGGAUCUUUUGGGCCGUGCUGGUCUCCUAGAUGAGGCCUAUGGUUUUAUCCAGAAUAUGCCUUUUAAACCUGAUGUGCGUAUUUGGAGUGCUUUGCUUGCUGCUUGUAGAAUCCAUAAACAUAUUGUACUAGCAGAAGAAGUAUCUAACAAGAUCCAAUAUCUAGGACCUGAAAGUCCAGGUAAUUUUGUUCUUUUAUCCAACUUGUAUACUACUGCUGGGAGAUGGGAUGACGCUGCUCAUAUUAGAAUUAAGCAGAAGGAUUCUGGCUUUAAGAAGAGCCCAGGAUGUAGUUGGAUUGAAAUAAAUGGGGUUGUCCAUGCAUUUGCUGGUGGGGAUCAAUCCCACCCUCAGUCCACUAAAAUAAAUGAGAAAUUGAAGGAGAUUUCAACGGAGAUGAAAAAAAUGGGGUACAGUGCAGAAUCCAGUUUUGUCUACCAAGAUGUUGAGGAAGAAGAGAAGGAACAGAUUCUGCUUUAUCACAGCGAGAAGCUUGCAGUUGCAUUUGCAUUGCUAAAUCUGGAUCCUAGCAAGUCCAUACUCGUUACAAAGAAUUUGCGAGUUUGUGUUGACUGCCAUAGUACGCUGAAAUACAUAACUUUAAUUACGAAAAGGGAGAUUACAGUGAGGGAUGCAAGUCGAUUUCAUCAUUUCAGAGAUGGAAUAUGCAGCUGCGGGGAUUUCUGGUGAAGAAUGAUUGAGACUAUUUUUGUUGCUUGAUUUAGAAAUGAUUCAGUUUUCUUCUACACCUACUAAUGCAACAUUGGCUAACUAAACUAGAUUGGUGCAGGGUAUUCACAGUUGAUAUCUUGGCUGUUGUUCUGUUAGACCAAUUCCUGAGUACAUUACUUGGUAGAUUUGACAGUAAACCAUUUCUUAGAUGAAGGGUGCAGAUAAAAUUUUGCAUUGCAUUAAGAUGAUGAGUGAUGAAGAUUCGAGGGAUGCAGCGUGUGCCUGCUAUGUGCUGAGAAUACAACAUUGCUCAGUUGCUUGUAAAGGGUCUCAUCGAUCCAGAUAAGUGUAAUCAGGGGUAUAAAUUCUGUAUUUUGACUGGAAGAUCAACUUGGUGCUGCAUCCCACGCUGAUCAUAUACCAGAUUGGAGUAGUUCUUCAUUUUGUGCACUCUGGUCCACUAAUUCAAGUACGUUAAGUUUUAUCUUAAUGUUGGAAUACUUGGAAAUCUGAUAUUUACUGUCAAUCAGUAACAUAUUGGAGCUUCAUAGAACCUACACCAUGGUUAGCACAUGCAUCAGUGGUUAAAGGUUUUGACUCCAUGAACAAUCCAUCCAGGUAAAUCGUGGGCAAAUGCUGGAUUUCUGCCAUUAUGCGGACAAGUACUUCAAGCUGUGAUUUUAAGAUAUGCCCUCAUAGAUAUAACAUCAAGAAAUAGAUAGAGGUGGUCCAUAAACCAUUUUCGAGAUAGAUGAGGUUUUAUCAAUCUGUUCUUUGUUGUGAACAUCAGUGGGACCUUCUGCUUUCAAAGUCUAAUUAGUAUGACAAUUAGUUGGAAGGCAAAACCAUGUGAUACUUCAGGUUCUAUUGUCUUUAGCUGGUGCCUACACAAAGCCUUUUCAAUGCACAUUAGUAGGAUUGUACAACUUGUCAUUGGCCUAUAUAAACACAUACCAAGAGGGGUUUACUAUAACAACACUCAGCAAAACCUGAAACCAUAUAAAACUUUUCUUUGAUCUCAAGGUCCUUAUUAAUUAUUCCCAUCCUUAUUUGCUCAUCUGUAUUGAACUAAAUGGUCAUGGCUCUCAGUAUGCCUCGUAUAAUCAAGAAGUCUUCUACAACUGGAGAUAUUCCAAAGGGCCAUUUUGCUGUUUAUGUUGGGGAGAAGUAGAAGAAGAGAUUUGUAAUCUCCAUAUCGUUCUUGAGCCAAUCUUUAUUUCAAGAUUUGCUUAGUCAAGUUGAGGAAGAAUUUGGCUUUGAUCAUCUGGUGGGUGGUGACACAAUUCCCUGCAGGGAGGAUGUGUUUGUUGAUCUUACUUCUCGUUUGAGUAGGAUCUGAGGCUUUUUCUUUCACAGUUUUGUGAAGAACUUACCUGAAUUUUGCAGUUUGUACACUAGAAGAGUUAGGAAAGACACGUCAUUCAUACCGUAUCACUGAAAAUUAGAUAGAUGAGGCUACGGUUAGUUGCAACAAUAGAUCCCAAUUGAAUGUAAUUUUGACAAGAGACAAACAUCAUAUUCUUUAGCAAAUGAAAUCUGUUCAGCUUCA